GCGACCGUUGUGCUACUACUUUAGUGCCCUUCUCGCAACCGAUCUGCUAGUCCAGUCGAUCUAUACUUUGCCCGUCAUCUAUUGCGUCUGAUAUCACCACUACUACUAUCACUACCACUACUACUUUUUCCACUACUCCGCCAACAUUCCCGGCUCAACCACAAUCAACAAUCAACAUCUUCACAAUGCCUUACACUCACCCCCACCCCACAUCCCCUGGCUCUCCUGAAUGCGGUACGCGCAAGCGCGUCGGCAAGGCCUGCGACUCGUGCCGAAUCAAAAAAUCAAAGUGCGACGGCCGCAAGCCCUGCUCGCGAUGCACUGCCGACGACAAGAUCUGCACUUUCACCGAGAGAAAGAAAUCAAAGGAGAAGCUGUACUCGUCGCGGUACGUCGAGCUUCUCGAGAACCGCAUCGAGAUCCUGCAGACCGGAAUGGAGGAGCUCGUGAAGCGCGUGUCGCGCGGCGACAACAUCAGCAACCUGCUCACAAAAUCCGGACAUGUCUCGAUCAACCGCGCGCUUGACGAGCUCACAAAUAAGAACUUUGAGUUGCAGAAGGAAGAGCAUGAGCGGAUCGUCGACGUGCAUGAUGACAGCGAGCACGAUACCGACCACGAGCAUGAUUCUGCUGACCAGCGGAAUUUUGACGAGAAAAUGGAGGACAAGGUGCUCGAGCUCAAGACCGAGCCCGACUUUGACGACGUGAUUGCGGGCAACAGCUGGAUCGGACAGACAGACUAUGUGCUCGACAGCAGCGCGAGUUCAGUGCUGCAAUCGCAGACCGACGGCCUCAGCUUUGGCAGGAGCAGCGUGCUCCCUCCUGAUCCGGCGACGAUCAUCCGUGGACAUAUUGAGUCCAUGUCUCCUGAUUCCAUGACCUCUGCGUCGUCGCUCUACUCGCCGUCGGGAUCGUCGAGCCCGAUUGACGGUCAAUUCCCCCAGGAAGGUAUUCGAAGCACCGCAGGCGGGCCUCUCAAUAUCACACUUGACACAAGCGAUCUUUCUACUCUCCCGCAGUCGGUGAUGGUCGAUUACCUUGAUCAGAUCACGCAGGUCUCGAUGGCUGACAAAGUCGACGAUCUGUCUGAUGUCUGGCUCACGACUACCUUCAACGACAUCUAAUCUCCCUGUGCUGAUUCUCUCUCUCUUCAUUUUUCCGAUGUUAAACUAUUCUUGCAUCUGACAUAAAUUGGUUUCUAAAUUGGGUGUCUUGGUCUUUACACGUCUGCGUCUUGAUUUUCUGUUUCGUGUGCGCGCGGUCUAUACAUUUGCUUGUUUUCAGCUUUCAGCGAGGAAAGGGUUUUCUUAUCACG